CUCCUUCUGAUCCUGGGAAUUAUAUCUCAGGACAUCCUACUAUGUCUGCCAUGCCACAGUGCGAGAUUCCUGAGAUAGAUGCUGGUCAUAAUAGAUAUAACAACAGUGGCCUUCUGAUGAAUACUUUAAGCUGGCAGCUGUCCCAAGUGCCUACCGAAGCCAAAUGCUUGAGGAGAGAGAAAGGAGCCAGCUAUGAAUCCUUUCCAGAAAAACGAGUCCAAGGAAACUUCUUUUUCACCUGUCUCCACUGAAGAGGUACCACCUCGACCCCCUAGCCUUCCAAAGAAGCCAACUCCGAAAAUCUGUGGCUCGAACUAUCCCCUGAGCAUUGCCUUCAUUGUGGUGAAUGAAUUCUGUGAGCGCUUUUCCUAUUAUGGCAUGAAAGCUGUGCUAACCCUGUAUUUCCUGUAUUUCCUGCACUGGAACGAAGACACCUCCACAUCUGUAUACCAUGCCUUCACCAGCCUCUGUUAUUUCACUCCCAUCCUGGGAGCAGCCAUUGCUGACUCAUGGCUGGGAAAAUUCAAGACAAUUAUCUAUCUUUCUUUGGUGUAUGUGCUGGGCCAUGUGAUCAAGUCCUUGGGUGCCUUACCAAUACUGGGGGGACACAUGGUGCACACAGUCCUGUCGUUGAUUGGCCUGAGUCUAAUAGCUUUGGGGACAGGAGGUAUCAAACCCUGUGUGGCAGCUUUUGGUGGAGACCAGUUUGAACAAAAACAUGAAGAGGAACGGACUAGAUACUUCUCAGCCUUCUACCUCUCCAUCAAUGCAGGAAGCUUGAUUUCUAUGUUUAUCACACCCAUGCUGAGAGGAGGUGUACAGUGUUUUGGGGAAGAUUGCUAUGCAUUGGCUUUUGGAGUUCCAGGAUUGCUUAUGGUAAUAGCUCUUGUUGUGUUUGCAAUGGGAAGCAAAAUGUACAAAAAAACACCUCCAGAAGGAAAUGUAGUGACUCAAGUUGUCAAAUGUAUCUGGUUUGCUAUUUCCAACCGAUUCAAGAACCGUUCUGAGGACAUUACAAAGCGACAGCACUGGCUAGACUGGGCAGCUGAAAAAUACCCAAGGCAGCUCAUUAUGGAUGUGAAGGCACUGACCAGGGUACUAUUCCUUUAUAUCCCAUUGCCCAUGUUCUGGGCUCUUUUGGAACAGCAGGGCUCACGAUGGACCUUGCAAGCCACCAAGAUGAAUAGGAAUUUGGGUUUUAUUGUGCUUCAGCCUGAACAGAUGCAGGUACUAAAUCCCCUUCUGGUUCUUAUCUUCAUCCCACUAUUUGACCUUGUCAUUUAUCGUCUGGUCUCCAAAUGUGGAAUUAAUUUCUCAUCGCUUCGGAAAAUGGCUGUUGGUAUGAUCCUAGCAUGCCUGGCAUUUGCAUUUAUGGCAGUUGUAGAGAUAAAAAUUAAUGAAAUGGCCCUACCCCAGACAAAUCCCCAAGAGAUUUUCCUACAAGUCUUGAAUCUGGCAGAUGAUGAGGUAAAGGUGAGAGUGCUGGGAGAUGAAGACAAUUCUCUGUUGGCAGUGUCCAUCAAAUCCUUUCAGAAAAUGCCACACUAUUCCAAACUCCAUUUGAAGACAAAAAAACAGAAUUUCCACUUCCACCUGAAAUACCACAAUUUGUCUGUCUACACUGAGCAUUCUGUGGAGGAGAGGAACUGGUACAGUCUGGUCAUUCGAGAAGAUGGGAAAAGUAUUUCCAGCAUAAUGGUGAAGGAUGCAGAAAACAUAACAACCAAUGGGAUGACAGCUGUGAGGUUUAUUAACACUUUGCAUAACGAGGUCAAUGUCUCCCUGGGUACAGAUAUUUCCCUCAGUAUUGGUGAAGACUAUGGUGUGUCUGCUUAUAGAACUGUGGAAAGAGGAGAAUACACUGUGGUACAUUGUAAAACAGAAGAUGAUAACUUUUCUCUGAAUUUGGGUCUACUAGACUUUGGUGCAUCUUAUCUGUUUGUUAUUACUAAUAGCACCAGUCAGGGUCUUCAGGCUUGGAAGAUGGAAAGCAUCCUGACCAACAAAAUAUCCAUUGUAUGGCAGCUACCACAAUAUGCCCUGGUUACAGCUGGAGAGGUCAUGUUCUCUGUUACAGGACUUGAGUUUUCUUAUUCUCAGGCUCCCUCUAGCAUGAAGUCUGUACUCCAGGCAGCCUGGUUGUUGACAAUUGGAGUUGGGAAUUUCAUCGUGUUUGCUGUGGCACAAUUCAGUGGCCUGGUACAGUGGGCUGAAUUCCUUUUGUUUUCCUGCCUCCUACUGGUGGUCUGCCUGAUCUUCUCCAUCAUGGGUUACUACUAUGUUCCUCUAAAGCCAGAAGAUAUUCAGGAGCCAGCAGAUAAGCAAAUUCUCCAUAUCCAAGAGAACAUGAUCAACUUGGAGACCAAGAACACAAAGUUCUAAUGGCUCCUAGGACUCUGCCCAGACCCAAAUUCCUGACUCUGUUCUUGGAUUUUGUUCUUCUCAUCUAUCAGUGAACUCUGUAAACUUUAUGUAGUCCAAAUGGCCAUGAAAAACACAAAUGUAUAAUUGAGAUUAGUCUCUGUAGAUAUGCAAAGUUACGUGAGAAUUACUUAAACUGCUAUUUAGAACUGAUAACCUCACCAUCUAAGGUCCUGAUUUAGGGGCAAACUUGCAAAAUAACUGAGAAAUGGUAUUUCAAGUUUCUUCAUAAGCGAUAUAAUUGUAUUAAUCACAAGGACCUCAAGAAUUGGUACAUCUGGUGUGAUCUGGUCCAGGGGCUGGCUUAUCAGCUACCCAAGUUUACUUAGUAAAUUUUUCAGUACAGAUAGUAGGAUACAGAAUGCCAUUUUAUUAACACACAGGAGAAGCUAUAUCUUUUUGAUAGUUACAGUAUUUUAUCUACUAACCCAAACACCCCUUUCUCAGUACUGAUAGAUCAUUGGAAAUCAAAUUAAAGAUAAUAAACAUUGGUAAACAUGGUUCUGGAAAAUAGGAAAAGAUAUAAAUUUUAGAAAUCUUGAUGAACCAUUUUUCUAUAAUGCACAUUCUUCUUAGGGACUAUAAUAUUUCAGCUCUGGCUUAUGCCCUUCUAUGGACAAUUAUAAAGACACUAAUUAUAAUUUCGAAACCCUGUCUUUUCAUUGUUGUUGAGACAGCCUUUUCUCAUUAUUAUGUCAUGUCUUGCUUAUUACAACAAGUAUUUAAUAACAGCAAAAUUUUUAUGACUAUUAUUAUUUCCUUCAGCCUCUAAGAAGUGGCUCCAUUUUGAUAAUUUUUCUUGCUUUACUUUUCCACAAUUUGAAAUGCCAUUUCUUCAAUGAGGACUGGGAAUUUCUUGUUUAUUAAAAAAAAGUUAUAUUAAUACUCUAGGUUUGAGCUUCUAAAAUGGUGAUGCUCAAUGGAGGGGUAUGGUUCCAUAUAAAGAUCCUAUCAAAAUCUGUGGAAGAAAGGAGGAGUGGGAGAAUAUGAGAUUUAUUGUUUAUUUCUGCAUUCAUGAAAAAGAUGAGAAACAUCACCUUGCACACACAAUAAAUGAAUCUGUGGACAGACAUGGGAAUGUCAUUACUCUGGUGAGUUACUAAGGAAAAAAGUUCAGAACCACUAUACUAGAAAGUCUCAUUUUCAUUGGAUUUUCUCCAUUACUUUCAUUUAGAACAGUGUUGCAUCUCACACUGUAGACAUAACGAGUAAGAGAACUUACUCCAGUUUCCCAAACAUUAUAUGCUUUGGUUUAGUGACCAAGGUUUCAGAGUACUGAAGUGACAGUAUCACUAUCCAGUUUUCCCAGAUAUCUCGAUGCAAACCUUACCCUACUCCUUCAGAAGAUAUUCUGUUCAUUUUUUUGAGCAACAUUAACUCAAUCUGUUCUAUGAUAUAUUGUUUUAAGAGAUAUUAACAGUGCUCUAUGAAUAAAAGUUUCUAUAGACAAAU